CAAUCCCUAACAAGCUCCAACACUCCUCUACCCCCGUUAACACAUGCACGACUCUUUCUUCCCAAAAAAUACUCCACUUUCCUUCUCUAUAAAAUCUCACCCAUAAUCACCAAACCACAAUAGACUCUCCUCUUUCUUCUCCGAUCCCCUUAAAAAUCUCAUUGCUCUGUAUUCUCAAUAGAUUCAGAGCAUGGCCACUUUUACUAUAUUGCCCUCUCUCUUGAUUCUACUCUCUUUUCUCUCUGUUGCAUAUUCAGGAUCCAUUGGAAUUAAUUAUGGCCGAAUUGCGAACAAUCUUCCAUCUCCAUCCCAAGUCGUUCAGCUCCUUAAAACACAAGGCGUUAACCGAGUUAAGCUUUACGAUACUGAUUCCACGGUACUCACUGCUCUUUCUGGCUCGAAUAUAUCAGUUACUGUUGCCCUUCCUAAUGAGCAACUCUCUGAUGCUGCCUCUAAACAAUCUUUCACUGAUUCAUGGGCUCAAUCGAACAUCCUUCCUUAUUACCCGAAAACUCUUAUUGAAUCCAUAGCUGUCGGAAAUGAAGUGUUUGUCGAUCCCAAAAACACAACUCCCUUUCUCGUACCCGCUAUGAAAAACGUUUACUCAUCUCUUGUCAAAUAUGGUCUUGCUUCGUCGAUCACAGUUUCAUCCCCUCUUGCACUCACUGCUCUACAAAAUUCUUACCCUUCGUCCUCCGGUUCAUUCAAAACGGAUCUUAUUGAACCGGUCAUGAAACCCAUGUUGAGUUUUCUUAAACAAACAGGUUCUUCUCUUAUGGUGAAUAUUUACCCUUUUUUUGCGUAUGCAGCGGAUACGGACACAAUCUCCUUGGACUAUGCUUUGUUUCGGGAUAACAAAGGUGUAACGGAUCCGAAUAAUGGGCUUGUUUACAAAAGCCUUUUUGAGGCCCAAAUGGAUGCUGUUUAUGCAGCCAUGAAAGCUUUGAAUUUCGAUGAUGUGCCCAUCGAGAUUACUGAAACUGGCUGGCCUUCCAAGGGUGAUGAAAACGAGGCUGGUGCAAGUGCUGACAAUGCUGCGGCUUACAACGGCAAUCUUGUAAGAAAAGUACUUACUGGACGUGGGACCCCUUUGAAACCAAAUGAACCUCUUAACGUCUAUUUAUUCGCUUUGUUCAAUGAGAAUCAAAAGCCCGGGCCCAUAUCCGAAAGGAACUAUGGGCUUUUCUAUCCUAAUCAACAGAAAGUUUACGAUAUUCCGCUUACCAAAGAGGGAUUGAACAGUGGGUCCACCGUGAAUAACGGAAGUAAAAGCCAGGUGGUGAAUACGCAGUCGCCAUCUCCAUCUCCGUCUCCGCCCCUCGUUAACGCCAGUGAUGUGGAGACAAGCAAGGUGGUGAACACCUGGUGUGUGGCCAAUGAAAAAGCUCCACGUAAAAAGUUGCAAGCGGCCUUAGACUACGCUUGUGGAGAAGGUGGGGCUGAUUGCCAUCCGAUUCAACCGGGUGCUACGUGUUAUAAUCCGGCUUCACUGGAGGCACACGCUUCUUAUGCGUUCAAUAGUUACUAUCAGAAAAAGGCACGUGGGACUGGCACGUGCGACUUCAACGGAGCAGCCUAUCUUGUCACUCAACAUCCUAAAUAUGGCAGUUGCAAGUUUCCAACAGGAUAUUGAAUUGAGGAUUGGCUGAGAUUUGAGAAAUUUAGCAUGCAAAUUAUCCUAGUUAUUGGAUGAGGGACCUGGGGUCCACAUUAGGGGUGUUCAUCAAUCGGUUCGAUUCGAUUUUAUAUAUUAUCAAUUCGGUUUAUCGGUUUUCAAUUUUUAAAUAUACUAAAUCAAUAAGAUAUUUUUUAUUGAUUUUCA